AUGUAUAUUUCGCCAUUUAUAAAACAGUGUUUCGUGACAGUGACUGUGGGUAUCAAUACGAUCACAUACGGGUGUGCGCUUGGAUUCCCAGCUAUACUUCUGCCACAACUUAAAUCUCCAAAUUCUGCACUAGAAAUCACUAAAAAAGCUGAAUCAUGGAUUGCGGCAAUACUUGCUCUGAGUUUGUUGUCAGGAAAUUUUGUAUCUCCUUUUAUCAUGGACAGACUUGGUCGAAAAACAGCUCACUUUACAGUAUCUGUAAUAUUUUUGUGCGGAUGGUACAUCACUCUCCUUGCUUCGAAUGUUGAAGUACUUAUUAUCGGGAGACUAUUUCUGGGCAUAGCUGGAGGUAUUUUAAGUACAUUAAGAUCAAUUCUCGUGGGGGAAUAUACCAGUCCUCGAAAUAGAGGAGCUUUUCUGUCAACACUGUCCCUUACUCAGGCCUUUGGUAUAAUGUUGGUACACCUCAUGGGUUCUCUCUUUUCAUGGCAACAAACAGCUCUGAUGUGUGUUUUCUUUCCUUUCAUAAGCCUCAUAAUGAUAAUAUAUACUCCUGAAUCGCCAAGUUGGCUUAUAGCAAAAGGCCGCUAUGAUGAAAGUAGACAAGUCUUCAGAUGGCUCAGAGGAAACGAUGAAGAUAAUGAACUUGAGAGCAUGAUAUUGGCAAGGAUGGCCUUCGAACAAGCCAAAAUAAAGGAAUAUAAAAGUGGCAACUGCUUUCGACGAUGGUUUCAAACAAUCAAGAAGAAAGAGUUUUAUAAACCUAUACUCAUUCUUAUCCACAGUAAUACUAUUUUGCAUUUCUCUGGGGGAACAACUAUUGCCUCGUAUUCUACGGUAAUUUUAGGUCAUUUAAUGGGACCAAAAGCUAAUGUACAUUUUUGGAUGGUAUUCCUUGACGUGCAAAGAGUAAUUUCUAAUUCAAUUUUCGUUUACAUUAUAAACAGAACCAAAAGAAGAACAAUGAUAUUUUCAACUGGUGCUUUAUCUGUGUUAAGCCACGUCGCUAUAGCUAUCUUCGUAUAUUUCAAAACAUCAGGAUGGAAUUACGACUCUAUUUGGCUUCCAGCGUUGCUCAUAAAUAUUCAAUUCUUCGCAGUAGCUGUAGGAACUGUUCCUCUCCCACAAGUCAUAGGAGGAGAAGUUCUGCCAUUAGAAUAUAGAAGUAUUGGUGGCACGAUAAGCUUAGCGACAGGAGGGAGCAUAAUGUUCUUAGUUCUUAAGACGUUUCCAGAAUUAAUAGAUAAUUGUGGUUUACACGGUACUUAUGUAGUGUAUACAAUUAUUAUUUUUAUUAAUUUGCUGUUAAUCGGAAUAUUUUUACCUGAAACAAAAGGAAAAACUUUACAACAAAUUGAAGACGAAUUUAGAGGUAGACCUUUGAGAUUGGAAGAAAUUGAAGCAAGACAGUCGUUGCAUUCCAAUCCUGUGGAAAAUUAUAAAAGAAAAAUGUCUGAGAGUAACACGAUAAUAGAAACGUAUAACUGA